GAUUCACUAAACUUCUUAGAAUUUUCUUAGAUUUAUGCUUAAGUUUCCUUAAGAAUUCUUAGCUGAGAAUUUAUCUUAAGUAGCAAUCCACCAAGCCACUAAGCAUAAAUCUUAGCUGAGAUAUUUUAAAAUUCUUAGAAUUUUCUUAGUGAGAAACGCAUGGGAUUAUGGGAUACAAAUUUAUGCUAAGAAUAUUCUUAGAUGACGUAUUGGAAAUCCCCGUAUCUAUUAAUAGCAUAGUUGAACUCUCCUCGCGUGGAGAUAGAAAAAAACUUACGCAGACGACAACAAUCAGAAUGGAGAAGAAAAGUGUCAGAAAACCCAACUGGACGGCCGAACAGACCUUGUAUUUAACUCGCCUUGUUGAGGAAAACAAGGCUGUGCUACUCGGCAAGUUUGGACCGGGCGUGACAUCUGCGCGAAAGAAGGAAAUUUGGACACAUAUUACUAUGCAGAUCAAUGCCACCUUCACAGGAUGUGUCAGGACAAAUGACGAGGUGGAGAAAAAGUGGCAUAAUACCCAGUCGAAGUCCAAGUCUGAAAUUGCAGCAUAUAAGAAAGGGGCUGUAUCUACAGGUAAGAGCUCAAAUAUAGAUUUAUGGUCCAUACUUAUUGAUUUUGGACAGUCUGUGUGUGAUGAAAAGUGAUUACUUUGAAGGAGUAUAAAUUGAGUAAUAAAUGGUCAUGGUGUAACCGGGUUGUGAUGGGUAAGAAUGACGUUCAAACACAGGCUAUGGGUGUGAGGUUUUAUUUGCAGUUAGAGAGGUAACGACACCCUGCAAUACACAAAACAAUAACAUAAGGCAAUAUCAUAAAACAUGAUGCAUCUUUCACAUACGAGUACCUUACAAUUACACAUUCACAUUCGCAUAUAAUAUAUUUGUUAAUGAGGCAUAAAAUCAUUGUCUUGAUUACAUAAAGAAUUCAUCAAGGGCGAUAACU